AUGACCCCUCAGCCCAAGCCCAACACCCUGUGCAGCGGCGACGUGGACGGCUACAAUCGUCUUUCGAAGUGCGAAGUCGUCCCUGUGGAUGAUGAGGUCUGCGCUCUCAUUGACGUCCCCCUCGGAUCGAUCCACGAGUGCGUGCACUGUGGCGAGUGGUACCACCCUGCAUAG